AUGAGCUGCUCGGCGGACGCCGUGAAGGAGAAGCUGCUAUGGAACGUGAAGAAGGAGGUGAAGCAGAUCAUGGAAGAAGCUGUCACCAGGAAGUUUGUCCAUGAGGACAGCAGUCACAUCAUCGCCCUGUGUGGUGUGGUGGAAGCCUGUCUGCUGCACAUGCUGAAGCGCAGGGCUGCCGGCUUCCUGCGGACUGACAAAGUGGCUGCACUCUUCACCAAGGUGGGCAAGACCUACACAAUAGCUGGAGACAUAUGCAAGAAGGUGCAGGAGCUGCAGCAGCAGGUGGAAAGCAGGAAAAAUCAGCCAAAUGGGCAGGAGCCCCUGAAGAGGCAGGGAUCAGCCACGAGCAGGAGCCCUGUCCUGACACCUCAGGCCAUCAAACACAUCUGGGUGCGGACGGCGCUGAUCGAGAAGGUGCUGGACAAGAUCGUGCAGUACAUUGUUGAUAACUGCAGUAAAUAUUAUGAAAAAGAAGCUUUACUGGCAGAUCCUGUUUGUGGCCCAAUACUGGCUUCUCUUCUAGUUGGCCCCUGUGCUCUGGAGUACACCAAGCUGAAGACAGCAGAUCACUACUGGACAGACCCUUCUGCAGACGAGCUGGUGCAGCGCCACCGCAUCCACGGGGUGCACGGCCGCCAGGACUCCCCCGCCAAGCGCCCGGCCCUGGGAAUCCGGAAGCGCCACUCGAGCGGCAGCACCUCGGAAGAUCGCUUCGCAGCCUCGGCCAGGGAGUAUGUGGAGUCCUUGCACCAGAACUCCAGGACACACCUCUUGUAUGGCAAGAACAACGUCCUGGUGCAGCCUAAAGAUGACCUGGAGGCAAUCCCUGGCUACCUCUCCCUUCAUCAGUCAGCAGAGAGCCUGACGCUAAAGUGGACUCCAAACCAGCUGAUGAAUGGCACCCUGGGAGAUUCAGAGCUGGAGAAAAGUGUUUACUGGGACUAUGCCUUGGUAGUGCCUCUGAGCCAGAUCGUCUGCAUUCACUGCCAUCAGCAACAAGGCAGAUGGACACUGGUCUUGGUGAGUCAGGAUGGAACUCAGAGACCUCCACUGCACUUCCCCCAAGGAGGUCACCUCCUUGCCUUCCUUUCCUGUCUGGAAAAUGGGCUCCUGCCUCGUGGUCAGCUGGAGCCACCACUGUGGUCCCAACAGGGCAAGGGGAAGGUGUUCCCAAAGCUUCGGAAACGGAACAGCCACAGAUCCGUGGACCUGGAGGAAAUGCCAGCUGAAGACAGCUCCACAGACUAUGUGUUCAGAAUUAUCUACCCAGGACACAAGCAUGAGAACAUAACUAUUAACUACCACCACUUAGCUGCCAGCCGCUCUACCUCUGUUGACGAUGAUGAGGAGGAGGAAGAUAAGCUUCACGCAAUGCUAUCAAUGAUCUGCUCUCGGAACCUCACAGCUCCUAAUAGGAUGAAAGACACCAGUGAAAUGAUAGAGAUGCAAGGCUUUGGGGCAAACUUGCUCUCCUGGCAGCUGGAGCACUGCAGCCAAGGCUCCUCCUGUGUCUCCUGUUCCACAGGCAGCUCUCCCUAUGACGUACCUAGCUGCUGCAACUGCAUCCAUGACAGAACUCCUCUGAAGAUGCUGUGUGACAGCAUGAAGAAACAAAUCGUUUCCAGAGCCUUUUAUGGGUGGCUCGCCUACUGCCGCCACCUCUCCACGGUGCGCACACAUCUCUCUGCCCUGGUGAACCACACCAUUGUCCCCCCUGACAAACCCUCCAGUGCUGCAGGAGGCCUGACCAAAGAGGUCUGGAGCAAGUAUCAGAAAGACAAGAAGAACUACAAGGAGCUGGAGCUGCUGAGGAGAGUUUACUACGGCGGGGUGCAGCAUGAGAUUCGGAAGGAGGUGUGGCCCUUCUUGCUGGGUCACUACAAGUUUGGCAUGGCCAAAAAGGAAAUGGACCAGGUGGAUGAGGACAUCGCCCUGCACUAUCAGAAGGUGAUGGCUGAGUGGAAAGCCUGCGAGGUGGUGGUGAAGCAGCGCGAGAAGGACUCCCACUCCGCCACGCUGGCCAAGUUCUCCUCGGGCAGCAGCAUCGACAGCCACGUCCAGCGCCUGAUCCACAGGGACUCCACCAUCAGCAAUGAGGUCUUUAUCUCUGUAGAUGAGAUGGACUCCAAAGCUCAGGAUGAUCCCAGUUUCACCACGAUGACUGCCGAGGCACCACCAGCAGUGGCUGCCCUAGAGCAACAGCCUGUGGAAUUUGACUCCCCCGACUCGGGGCUGCCCUCCUCCAGGAACUACUCGGUGGCCUCGGGCAUCCUCUCCAGCAUCGACGAUGGGCAGAGCGGCUCCUUUGAGGACGGGGCCGAAGAAGAAGCAGGCACGGGAGUGGAAAGGACUGAUCCAGACACACCACGUGUGCAGAAAGCCAAGUCAGUGGUGCUGCAGUCUCAGGGUUCUGGCUCCGAGGAGCAGCUCUGCUCCCAGGUGGAUUAUUUGGUGGAUGUUGCUUCUGUCUGCGCCGCGUCCUACACGAUAGAGUUACUGGACACUGUUGCCUUAAAUUUGCACAGAAUUGAUAAGGAUGUCCAGAGGUGUGACAGGAACUAUUGGUAUUUUACUGCUGAUAACCUGGAGAAGCUGCGAAACGUCAUGUGCAGCUAUGUGUGGGAGCACCUGGAAGUUGGUUAUGUCCAAGGCAUGUGUGACCUCCUGGCUCCUCUGAUGGUUAUACUUGACAAUGAUCAGCUGGCUUACAGCUGCUUCAGCCACCUGAUGAAGAGGAUGAGCCAGAAUUUCCCCAAUGGAGGUGCUAUGGACACACACUUUGCCAACAUGAGGUCCCUGAUCCAGAUUCUGGACUCAGAGCUUUUUGAGCUGAUGCACCAGAAUGGAGACUACACUCACUUCUACUUCUGCUACCGCUGGUUCCUGCUGGACUUCAAGAGAGAAUUGUUGUACGAGGAUGUAUUUACAGUGUGGGAAGUUAUUUGGGCAGCAAAGCACAUCUCUUCAGAACAUUUUGUCCUUUUCAUUGCCUUAGCACUGGUGGAAGUUUAUCGAGAGAUUAUCCGUGAUAACAACAUGGACUUCACUGAUAUCAUCAAGUUCUUUAAUGAAAUGGCAGAGCAUCAUGAUGCUGAGGAAAUCCUGAGCAUAGCAAGAGACCUUGUCUACAAAGUGCAGACCCUGAUUGAAAACAAGUGAUGCUGAGCAGCCUACCCCUGGGGGCC